GAGAGAUCCCUCCUUCCUUGGGAAACCUUUCGUCUCUCGAGGCACUUCGUGCAUUACGAAAUAACUUGGUGGGAAGCAUCCCUACUUCUCUAGGCCAAUUGAAAAACUUAACAUAUUUGUCAUUGGGCAUAAACAACUUAUCUGGUACCAUUCCUCCCUCCAUCUAUAACCUCUCUGCUCUUUAUCAUUUUUCCGUAGAAGGAAACCAAAUUCGAGGGAGGCUUCCAUCAGACUUGGGAAACACUCUUCCUAAUCUCCAAAUCUUUAGCAUCGCUGCAAACCAAUUUUUUGGAUCCUUGCCACUCUCACUAUCGAAUGCCACGAAUCUACGUAUAAUUCAAGUUCAGCAUAACAAGCUAACGGGACAGGUGCCGGAUUUACGAAAGCUUCAUAAGCUACAGCGAUUCCCCAUCGGAGCUAAUCAUCUUGGAAGCGGUACAGAUGGUGACUUGAGUUUUCUCUCAGACUUGACCAAUGCCACAGAGUUAGAACACUUGCGUAUAGGGUCAAACAAUUUUGGUGGGACGUUGCCCACAUCAAUAUCCAAUCUCUCAACCAAUCUUCAAACGUUUUGGUUUCGCAUAAACCAAAUACAUGGAAGCAUCCCAACAGAAUUAGGGAAUUUUGUCAACUUGGAGUCCUUAAUGAUGGGGGAAAAUAGCUUGGCGGGUAACAUUCCCACUGAAAUUCAGAAGAUGUCAAGCCUUGUGGAAUUAGGUAUUGCUAUGAAUGCAUUAUCAGGAAGCAUUCCAGCGUCUUUAGGAAAUUUAACCAAGUUAUACAGACUCAACUUAGGAGGAAAUAAUCUUGAAGGCGUCAUCCCUUCAAGCUUGAGGAAUUGCCAGCG